UCUACGGAGACCGAGAAGGGAUAAGUGGGCGGGGCCCAUGCGCUCUCGUGGCCACGCCCCCUCUCUCCGCGCCAGUGCCACGUCGCCCGGCCUGCUUGGCCACGCCCCCAAACUCCCUCCCAGCAGCAGGGAGGGGGAGUUGCGUUAGCCACGCCCCCGCUUGGUUACGUCAGCGGGGAGGGAACGGUUUUCCGUUGGCCACGCCCCGCAGCCAAACAGCGAGGCGGAGAUGGAGAAAUACCAGGUGCUGAAAGCGUUAGGCCGCGGAGCCCUGGGGAGCGCCGAGCUCAUCGAACCCAAGAAGGGCGGGGCCGGAAGCAGGAAGGAGAAGCUCGCCCUCAAGAAGGUGGAGUGCAUUGACGAGACUCAUGCCAACAACGCCCUCAGAGAAGCGCUUCUUCUGCUGAAGGUGCAGCACCGCUAUGUCUGGCCCUACAAGGAGAUGUUCAUCUCUUGGGACAACCAGAGGUCCUCGGUCUGGCUGUGCCUGGUGGCGCCCUUCUCGGAGGCCGGAGACCUGGCCACCCUCUUCCAGGCCUGGAGGACCCGGCAGCUCAAGGCCCCCAAAAAGGUGAUCCAGCUCUUCCUGGGGCAGAUGGUGGACGCCUUGGUGUUUCUCCACCAGCAGAAGAUUCUUCACAGGAACAUCAAGCCCUCCAACAUCCUCCUGUACAGCGGGGCGGAGGCGGCCUUCCGGCUCUGCGACUUCGCCCCCGAGACCCUCAUGACGGACGAGGCCAAGUGGCGGAUCCGGGUCAAGGAAGACCCGCACUUUGAGUCCUGGAUGGCCCCGGAGACCAUGGCGUUCUCCUUCAGCGACAAGGCGGACAUCUGGUCCCUCGGCUGCGUCCUCCUCCAGAUGACCGGAUGCUCCCGGGUCAAGGGCAGGGACCUUCUCCCUCUGCUGCAGGGCCUUCGUGUGGACAGCUCCCGCCUGGAGGAGGCUUUGGUGGCCACCAAGUGCAGGGAGAAGCCCGUGGCCUCAGUCCUGAGGGCCAUGCUCCAGGGACAGCCCUCCAUGCGGCCCUCCGCAGAGGAGAUGCUGGAGCUUCCCUUCGUCCGAGAGUCCCUGAUCCUGGCCGGGUCUCCCCUGAUCAAGGUCAAGAAGAGCCUCCCUCCGGGGUUACUCGAGAUCAUCCUCAGUGGCGGGAUCCAGACGGUGCUAGAAUUCAUGGUGUCUUACCAGGACAUCGAGGAGGCCCAAGAGAAGAGCAUCGAGCGGCUCCUCAGCCUCUUGAAGGAAGCCAAAGCGGUCAGUGUGGAGGCCUUCCUCGGACUCCUGGACCCCGUGACCCAGGCCAUGGCGGACCAUGUGGAGGCCCCCGAGGUCCAGUUAGCCGGGCACUCCUUCCUGAUGGAGGCCCUUGCCAGAGCCCUGGGGAAGCUGGACCCGACGGCGGAGCUGCUCUCCUGCGACAGCAUCCUGGGCUGCCUCCUGCGCUCCCUCCGGCGACACGAGGACAACGAGGCCCUGGCCGGGAGCACGGCCACCCUCUUCAUGAUGAUGGCCACCAACGCGGUGGCUGCGGAGGCCCUGCGGGAGGCAGGGGUCUUCUCGGACAUGCUGUCCGCCCUGAGCCGCUUCGCCCACAACAAGGAGAUCUGCCUCUCCUGCUGCGGAGUCAUUUGGAGCCUGAUGUCCGGCCUGACGAACCCGGCCGCCGUCCCGCUGAAGGAGGCCUUGGAGGCCAUGGCCCUCGUCCUCCACGGCAACAUGGAUCACGGCGAAGUGGCGGAAGCAGCCUGCUGCGCCUUCUGGGCCCUGGCCCUUCACGGCGUCGCGGAGGAAGAGGCGCACGACCCGUACGCCGUGCUGCUGAUGGAGGCCCUUCGGCGGCACAAGGAGCGGCCCGUCCUGGCCAAGAACGCCUGCCUGGCCCUGGCCGCCCUCCUCCGGACCUCAGACCUCGCGGGAUUCCGCUUCGUCAUGACCGACGCGACGGGGAGCGGGAUGAGCCUCUUGAAGGAGAUCUACCGGCUGCACCACGAAGACCCCGAAGUCGUGGAGGACCUCUGCCUCCUCGUCCAGGAGAUGCUCAAAUACGACGGGAUCCUGCUGGAAAUGUCCUCCCAGAACACGGCGGAAAUGCUGAGCGAGAUGAAGGACAGGUUCACCUCCAGCCUGGUAAGCGGCAGGAACUUGUUCCGGGAGGAAGGUCAAGUCAGUUACAGAGGGUUUGCCGCUCGGUGAUCAUCCCGAAGGCACAGAAUAGCACAAAUAUAAUUAUGAUAUACCAGCUUGGAUAGUACGAGGGAUGGCAGUCCUGGCUUGUAUAGUUGUCCCCGCUGAAGUCCAAAAGCAUACUUCUACUUUCACUGAAGACCAAACAGCAACAUGCAGCCACCUCCACUGAGGUCUAAUGCAAACGGAAUACAAAACGGAGUCCUGAGUCUGAACAUGCUCAGUCCCGAAAGGAUGUGGAGUACACAGGUUAUCAUUCUUUAUCAAUUGUCCACAGUCUUUAAGUAUAGUUGUCCCCGCUGAAGUCCAAAAGCAUACUUCUACUUUCACUGAAGACCAAACAGCAACAUGCAUCCACCUCCACUGAGGUCUAAUGCAAACUGAAUACAAAACGGAGUCCUGAGUCUGAACAUGCUCAUUCCUGAAAGGAUGUGGAGUACACAGGUUAGCAUUCUUUAUCAAUUGUCCACAGUCUUUAAGUAUAGUUGUCCCCGCUGAAGUCCAAAAGCAUACUUCUACUUUCACUGAAGACCAAACAGCAACAUGCAUCCACCUCCACUGAGGUCUAAUGCAAACUGAAUACAAAAGGGAGUCCUGAGUCUGAACAUGCUCAGUACAAUCACAUGUCUAUAGCUCCUCCCACACCAAAGAGCCAAACUGGCAAAAGUUACGA